AGCCACCUAUUCCCUUGCCAUCUCAGGCAGUCCGGGCUCCGUAACUGCUGCCAGGGAGCGAUGCAGCUCAAACCGUAGUGGGAAUAUCCAGCACUGCGGAAAUAUGCAUGACAGCCACACACUCGCCGCCAACCUCGUUUUUGCUCGCCCACCAAUGCCUGUAGGAGCAGUACAUAGUGCUCGUGCUGCUAUAUUCCAGCAUGCCGAACGCCCUGCGAUGGCUGUGGCUCAUCUCGAUGGGGGAUGGACGAUCAACGGACUCUCGCUUCUCUCAGCCUUGGGUCUUGGCCAACAUCCUCAUCCUCUUGUUUCGUCGUCAUGUCUCGCACCCUCUUCGGCUCCUGCAAGCCUCUUCCACCCUCCACGCCCGAAAGCAGCAACCUGCUGCAGCAUCAAUCGGCUGGCUUGUCGCCCAACGACCAAAGACGGCUCUUGUUGGGCUUUGCUGCAUGUGCAUGUCUCCCAAAUCCUCCGCACCCUGUGCCGGCAUCAUGCUAUAUCACAAGCUGCUAAGCCAGCGUCUCAAGCUCGAGACGGCUUCGUUAGCACCUUCGAUCGCAAUAUACUGCUUCGUGCCUAGGCGUGUGUAUUAGGUACGCGACGCCUCGGCCUCGUCCAGCUGAGAGGGUCUGGUUGC